AUGUUUCAUGCCAAGCCCAUUCUAGCUGCCCCCGAGGAGCCUCAGAGCCAUGAGGCCACUCGGAACGAGGGGCUCAAUGUGCCACAGGCCUUCUCACAUGCCCUGCUCAACAUCCCAGAUGUGGACUCUGCAGACGCAGGCGACUCCUCGCUGUGCAGUGACUAUGUGAAAGACAUUUAUGCUCAUCUAAGGAACCUGGAGGUUGCCAUGGCUAUCAAACCAUGUUAUCUGGAAGGGUGUGAUGUGACAGGGAGUAUGCGGAGUAUUCUAGUUGACUGGCUGGUACAGGUCCAGAGUCAGUUCAGACUGCACCAGGAGACCCUCUACAUGACUGUUGGGAUCAUUGACCGCUUUCUCCAGGACAAUCCAGUGCCAAAGAAGUCUCUGCAAUUGGUUGGUGUCACUGCGAUGCUCAUCGCUUCCAAGUACGAGGAAAUCUCUCCUCCCGUGGUGGAGGACUUUGCCCAUACAACAGACUUCACAUACUCCUGUGCUGAGAUACGCUUGAUGGAAAUGACCAUUCUGAAAGCCUUGAACUAUGAACUGGGACGACCACCCCCAGUUCACUUUCUAAGGAGAGCUGCCAAGGUUGGGAAGCUUCAGCCUGUUGGUUAUGGGCUGGCUAAAUACCUGCUGGAGCUGACCCUCCUGGACUAUGCCUCAGUUCACUAUCCACCAUCCCUCACCGCUGCUGCAGCUGUUGCGUUAUCAUUCAGGAUCUUUCAAGAUUCUGUUGGUUAUGAAUGGACCCCAGCCCUGCAGCACUACACAGGCUACGCAGAGCUCUCUCUGCUACCUGUGAUGCAAUGCAUUGCCAAGAUGCUGGAGCGCUUGAGUGAUGGCAGCAUGAAACAGUUGUCAAUCAAGCAGAAGUAUGAAAACCUCAAACUACUCAGGGUCAGCUGUCUCCCAGAGCUGACCUCUACCAGGGCUUACGCCUACAUUAACAAACUAUCCAACUCUCACUGUUGA